AUGGCUGAUCUGAUGAAUUUGUUUGGUGAAACUAUGAUUAGUAAGUUAGAGCCUGAUAAUCCUCUGUAUCUGCAUGCUAGUGAUUCCACAAAUCUAACUGUGAUUAGUAUUAAACUAAAGGGUACUGAGAAUUACACUGUGUGGGCAAAUGCCAUGAUUUUAGCAUUGAGAGUCAAGAACAAGAUUGGAUUUAUUGAUGGAACUUUUGAAAAACCUGUGGAUAAUCCUGUUCUUGAGACUCAAUGGGAAAGGUGUAAUUCUGUAGUACUUACAUGGAUCUUGAAUUCUGUUUCAGAAGAAUUGUAUUUAGGUCAUGUGUAUUCCAAAUCUGCUGCUGAGGUUUGGAAAGAACUUAGGGAUACAUAUGAUAAAAUUGAUGGGUCAGUUGUGUUUGAUCUAUAUCAAAAAAUUAAUUCAUUCAAGCAAAAUAGUUUAACUGUGGCUGAGUAUUAUCACAAGUUAAAUAUAAUGUGGAAACAAUUAGAUCAAAUAUUGCAAAUACCUGUCUGUACAUGCAAUGCAUCAACUCAGUUUAAUAGUUUUAAUCAUUUAAUCAAGUUGAUGCAGUUUUUGAUGGGUCUUGACAAUGUAUAUCGGGCUGUUAGGACUAACUUGCUUAUUAGGGAACCUCUCCCUAGUCUGCAAGAUGCUUUCUCUAUUGUGUCCAGAGAAGAGUCUCAUAGGAAUUCAAAUGUGUCUGUGACUAAUGAUAGGUCUGUUGGGUUGUUUGCUAAAGCUAAUUCUGUUAGAAAUGUUUUGAGUUGA